GCGGAGGGCAGGCGCUUCCGCUUCCGGGCUGGCCGUUGCUAGGUGGCGGCGUUGCUAGGGGCGGCCUGGCGCCGCCAUGGCGGGGAGCCGCGUGCAGAAGGUCGGCAGCGUCUUCAGCCGGACCCGCGACCUGCUGCGCGUGGGGCUGCUCCGCAAGCCGCUGUGGUUCGAGGUGUACGCAGCCUGCCCGCCGCGCCGCGAGCCGCGCUACCGCCUGCCCCGGCCGCGCUACGGCCGCGCGAGGGACGGCGUCGCGGAGCUCUUCUACCCCGAGGACCGAGUGCGAGCGAAAUUUUAUAGAGUGUACGGAAGCGGUCCAAGACCUUUUGAUUUAUCACAACCAAACUACAAAUCGACUUGCCAAAGGUUUGUUGAGAAAUACAAUGAAUUGAAAGAAGAAGGGAAAAUUGAAGAGGAAAAAUUGUUUGAAGAAACAGGAAAAGCGCUUUUAGCCAGUGGGAUAAUUUUGCAGAGAAGAGGAACAGAUAAAGUAGCACAACAGAGUCACCAGGAUGCUGAAGCCAGGGAUUUUGUGCUACAUCAGCAACUUCAAAGCGUGUUGGAGGAGAUGCAGGGAAAGAAGAAAGAUGUGGAGGAGCAGCUGCCAGAACUGACAGAAGCACAGAAGGAAAACCCCGUGUCCUAACAGCUGUAGCAUUGUCUCCGCACGUCCCGCGGCUGGGCGUAACGUGCAGGUGGCAUUCACCUGCUCAGGAACCCGUGUGUGCACAGCCCGUGGUUAUGAGAUGACCUUGUUUUUGAACGUUGUCUCAGCUUUUGAGGUGGAAAAUUAAACGUUUUCUUUAAAAUGAGAAA